AGUGCAGCGCAGUGCAGUGCAGUCUUGGUCGCCACAGCCUUCCUUUUCUUCCUUCUCUCGCAGCAGCAUCCAUUCGACCGACCGCUUCUGACACCACACGCUGCCAUUGCCAGGCUGCUCCCGCUUUCUUCUGCCUCCUGGUCGCACUUCUCCUUUUCCGAUUUGGUGGUCAUUUGCGGGACUUUCGGGACUUUCGAAAUUUAGGCUUUCUAGGGUUUGUUAGAGAGUCCUCGUGGGAGAUCGGUCGUUGGAAAGAGAGGGAAUAGGACUGGAGGGGUGCUGGUGUGGUGCGAGGCGUGUUAGCAGCUGAGCCGAGAGGGUGUACUGGGUUGGGAGGUCAGUGUUAGGUUUUAAUGGAGGUGUGUAGGGUUGUGUAUGGAAGGAAGUAGGUCGUUUGCAAGGUGCGGGUGAACGGAAAUGUGAUGGUUGUGCGGAAUGUAGAGGAUACAGUGUGAAUUGCCAUGAUGCGUUGAUAACUGGUCGCUCAUAGUAGGGCAGAGGAGGCACAGCACGCAUAAGAUAAGUAGGGAUGGAGAUUAUGUGAUGUUGUGUUGCGUUGCUUGCUUGGGAGGGAAGGGGUAUUAUUGAUGACGCUUACAGAGGAGUGGUGCGGCUGUUUGCGGAUUUUUGUUUUGAGUUGAAAACAUAUACGUAAUUGGCGCAAAGAAAUGUAGCGUGAUCGCUCUUUUGAUCGUUUCCAGCUGACUAGAAACUCAUGAGAUUCAUUGACUACAUUACAAAGCAGCACUAAAGUGGUGGAGCUUUUCAAGUUAAUUUUUGCGAAGAGGAGUUUUAAUGCAGAAAUUUGCUCUGAAGGCUGCGCACCACUCAAUUCAAAGCCACAUGAGGCGAUGGACAACAUUGAUGACAACGCGUUCCAUGGGUUUCUGCGGUUAAUCUGGCAGAAGCUUUGCCACCAUGACUGUUUCUUGGAAGCGUGUUGAAUGUGCGCUGUGCUGGUUAUUGCGAGAAUUGCCUGGGCGCAAUUAGCAGGUCAUUCGUAAAGACAGAGGUACACAGCCGGAGUUGAAACUUGAAGGAAUGUACAUGAGCAUUUGACAGCGCGCUCGAAUCACAUGGAGUUCAACUAUCUGCAGCGAGUGAAGGUUUACCGCCUUAACGACGAAGGUAAAUGGGAUGACAAAGGAACUGGUCACGUAUCUGUUGAAUAUUUAGAACGGUCGGAUGCAGUAGGUUUAGUCGUCAUUGAUGAGGAAGACAAUCAAACCUUACUGGUCCAUCGGAUUUCAGCGGAUGACAUAUACAGGCGCCAAGAAGACACUAUCAUAUCAUGGACGGAUCCAGAAGUGGCAACAGAUUUGGCCCUCAGCUUCCAAGAGACCAUGGGUUGUUCCUUCAUUUGGGAUCAAAUAUGCAGUGUGCAACGCUCAACCCACUUCCCAUCAGUCGGUGGCAUGGAGGGAAAUACUCGUUCAGCUGGUGAUGAUUUGGAAAAUUCUGGUACUUCGCAAGAUGAUGAUGAUGCGUUUCGUGAAGGUGUAGCCCCUGAAAUGCUGGAACUCCCACCGGUGGAGAUUUCCAACCUUCUUCUCAUUGUAAAGGCGGUUGCAGCAGUUGCACCUUUUGAUCGUGAUAGAGUUGCUUCCGUGAUUGUUCGGGAUCAAAAUUACAUACCCAAACUUGUACAGCUGUUUCGCACUUGUGAAGACCUCAAGAACCUCAAAUGUUUGCGUUUGAUGUUCAAGAUUGUUAAAGGAAUCAUGUUACUUAACGAUGGGCACAUAUUUGACAUCAUCUUCAGUGAUGAAUAUAUGAUGGAUAUCAUUGGAGCUUUGGAAUAUGAUCCGGAUGCUGCAAGUCGCCAAGAUCACCGCACUUUCCUCAAGGAGCAAGUUAUUUUCAAGGAGGCUGUUCCUAUUCGUGAUCCAGCAAUCCUGUCGAAGAUCCACCAGACAUAUCGUAUUGGCUAUAUCAAGGAUGUAAUAUUAUCUAGGUUGCUUGAUGACGCAACUUUAGCUACAAUCAACUCAAUCGUGCUCUUCAACAAUGUCUCAGUAGUGACUGCUCUUCAAAACGAUUCUGCCUUUCUAUCAGAGCUUUUCUCAAGGCUUCGUUCAUCCGAAACCCCGGAUAGAACUUGGCGGGACUUGGUGUUUUUUGUUCAAGAAUUCUGCAACCUGAGCAAACACCUGCAAGCGGAAGUGGGAAGCCAGCUCUACAGUGCUCUUGUCAAAGAAGGAUUGUUUGACAUUGUAGAGGACAUUCUCAAGGACGCAGAUGAGGUUAUCCGACUCAGUGGGUGUGAUAUUCUAAUAGUAGUUUUGAACCACAAUCCCGCAUUACUACGGACGUUCCUGGUGCACCAACCGGAUCACACAUUAUUCAGUGUACUGGUGGAUGGAAUGUUGACUCCUAGCAAAGGAGGAUUGCAAGCAAAGCUUCUGGAAGUUAUGCGGAUGCUGCUGGAUACGGAGACAAUGGAGACAGCAAGUUCUAAACACUUGCCGCCUGCUGACAAAAGCCUUUUUCUGGAGGUAUUUUAUGAGAGAUACAUGGAUCAGAUGGUUCAACUUCUUGUUGAUGGUUGUCCCCCAGAAGCGGGAAGCAUAGAAUCUACUAAUGAGUCGUCAAUCGAUGUUGGAAAAGGGACCAGGCGGACCAUUACUCCAGAAAUUCUUGGAAAUGUUUGCGAGCUGAUGUGUUUUUGUGUCCAGCAUCAUCAGUUCAGAAUCAAGUAUUAUGUGAUGAGGAAUCAUGUUGUGGAGAAAGUAUUGAGAUUGACUCGCAGGAAGGAAAAAUAUUUGGUUGUGGCUGCUGUGCGAUUUUUAAGGACGUGUGUUGCUUUGAAGGACGAAUUUUACUAUCGGUACAUAGUGAAGCACAACUUGUUUGAAAUUAUUAUUGGAGUCUUCAUGGCGAAUGGCAAUCGUUACAAUCUCCUCAAUUCUGCUGUGUUGGAGCUCAUUGACUUCAUCCGCAAGGAGGGCAUCAAAACUCUCGUAGUGCAUUUGAUCGAAAAGUUUUCAUCAAAAUUAGAAUCCAUUGACUAUGUGGAUACGUUUCGAGCAUUGAAGUUGAAAUAUGAGCAGCUUUUGGAAGGUCCUCUGCCGAGCACAAGAGAUGCAGGUACUAUUACAAGUGUUAGUCCUGAUCAUGGCAUACGGACAGGUCGAAAUAGGCACAACCUGACAGACUUUGUCGAUUAUCGCAAGCGGAAGGACGAGCGUGCAUUGGACAAAGAUGAAGAGGACUAUUUCAACGAGGAUAGUGACGAUGAGGAGGAUACAGCGACUGCAGGAGUCAGCCCUGCUUCCCAGCCUCCAUCCUUAAAAGCUGUUGUAUUGAACGGCAGUGCUGUGGAUCGUUCAUCUCUCAGGGAGAGCACCAUUGGGCUCGUGGACUAUGACGAUGAGGACGAAGACAUGCCUGCAACAUCGGGUAUUAAUGGCAAAAAUUUAGUAGAAUUAUUGGACAAGAAGACGGAGAAUUUACUUCCGGCAGUCCCACUGACAAGCCCUUUGCUAGAAGUAGAAACUGAUACCUUUGUCAAGCGUAAGACUCCGCUUGCCCCGACUUUGGAGGAAACUGACGGUACUUCUUCCAAGAGGCAGAAGCCUGAUGAUAUUCAAGCGGUUGACUGUUCUACUGGUCAGUUUGCUUAUUCUAAUAUCAUUGAUACCAAUAGAGUUGGGUCUUGUACAACGAAUUCAGAGGACCUGGGAUUUUCAGAACCUACAAUGCUAGGUUCUACAUCACCAACAGUACAAGAUGUUGAUUCGAAGGGAAGGAAACCAGAGGAUUUGAAGGCAUGUUCUGUAGACCAACAUGGAUCGGGUACUGCAAAUCAGGCAUCCAGCUUAGAUCAUAUCAGUUGCAGCCCUGAAGCGGUUCCUGACAUGGAUGGUGAACAUACGCAUCAACAUUUGGACACAGCUCCCCCAGGCCUCUGCUCUGGAUUGCCUAGUGUCAAUGCUUGUUUGAUCGCUAUGGAUACGCACUUGUCACAUGACAAGCCCGCAGAAACUGCGGUCGCACCAACUGAAAAUGUGAUGGUUAGUGGAUCUGCAGGUCUUAGUGAAGACAAGAGUCUUCACGACGUAACAGGAGAUGUGGUGAGAGAGACAUAUGCAAACGGGGGCGAAAGUCCCACUUUAGAGAGGGGUGGCACUGGCAAUGGAGCCGAUUUUCCCUCAAGUGAAGAUUGUAGUGUAUCUGCAUUUGAGGUCACAGAGAGGCCUGAGACCUUACUUACCAAAGGUGUCAAUGACAGCAGUAUUAGUGUUCCACAACAACUGAAUAUGAAUUCAGGUUGUGAAGGCAACGGAUUGUCCAACUUAGAUAUUGAUAAUAUGACUGUAACUCCGACAUCCCCUGGGUCUCAUCUAGUAUGAUCCUAAAUUUUUGAAAGCGCUGGCGCAUACCCCUCUCGGGAUCUCUUUAACUCACGUUGCUCCUGCUUUGUCCGUCUGCUCCAGCUCCUUUUUCCACCUCAUUGUUGCUAUCUCUUCUUUUAAACCUAAACCCACAAGAAGAUUUCUGUCUCUUUCAAUCAGCAUGGUGCUGAUGGGUCUUAUGUUCAAGACAGAGGUGGAGUUGCUGACUGGGCAUAUUUCACGAGGGCAUGUGGCGUAUUGGCUGUAGAGAAGCUCAUAUUGACCACCGUUACACGUUCUGUCACAGUAUAGUUACUAUUGCAAGGUCCAAUAACAGACAUUGGCUGGAAUUGUUAUCUUAAGCCAUGUACUUAAUCAAUAAUAGAUACUGCCGAGAAUCUUCUGCCUACACAUGGCCCUCACGGUUGACUCCGCCUCACUCCUUUGUACUAAUAAACAUGAUCUAUUUGAUUCAA